GGAAGGCAGGCGAGGAGGAAGGAGUUGCCGGGGCGCGGAAGGGAGCAGCCGCGACGCGGAGACGCGAGCGGGAGGCCGCCUGCGGUUACAGUUCCGUCGCCGCCGCCGCCCAAGCUUGGCCGGGGAUGUCUGAGCCCGCGCAUCGCGGUCCCCGAGCUCCACGCGGCGGCCGCCGUCCGGGCCUCUAAGGGCCCGCCACGUACCCGCGGCGCGCGCGCGGGCUCAAGGGGGCUCGGGGCAGCCCGGGGAAGGGGCCCUGCGGGCCGGGAGCGGCUGUCCAGGCUCCGCGCUCGCCCCAGCACCGCGGCCGGCGUCGGGCCAGGAGGAUGAGCGGCGCGGGGCUGUGAGGCAUGGAGGGGGUUCUGUACAAGUGGACCAACUAUCUCACUGGUUGGCAGCCUCGUUGGUUUGUUUUAGAUAAUGGAAUCCUGUCCUACUAUGAUUCACAAGAUGAUGUUUGCAAAGGGAGCAAAGGAAGUAUAAAGAUGGCAGUUUGUGAAAUUAAAGUCCACUCGGCAGACAACACACGGAUGGAAUUAAUCAUUCCCGGAGAGCAGCAUUUCUACAUGAAGGCGGUGAAUGCAGCUGAAAGGCAGAGGUGGCUGGUUGCUCUGGGGAGCUCCAAAGCCUGUUUGACUGAUACUAGGACUAAAAAAGAGAAAGAAAUAAGUGAAACCAGUGAAUCCCUGAAAACCAAAAUGUCUGAACUUCGCCUCUACUGUGACCUUUUAAUGCAGCAAGUUCAUACGAUUCAAGAAUUUGUUCACCAUGACGAGAAUCAUUCAUCUCCCAGCAUAGAGAACAUGAAUGAAGCCUCUUCUCUACUUAGUGCCACAUGUAAUACGUUCAUCACAACGCUCGAGGAAUGUGUGAAGAUCGCAAACGCCAAGUUUAAACCUGAGAUGUUUCAGCUAUCCCAUCCGGAUCCCUUAGUUUCUCCUGUGUCACCUUCUCCUGUUCAAAUGAUGAAGCGUUCUGUCAGUCACCCUGGUUCUUGCAGUUCAGAGAGGAGCAGCCACUCUGUAAAAGAACCAGCAUCUGCACUUCACCGAUUCUCCCAGCGUCGCCGAAGAACCUACUCCGAUACAGACUCUUGUAAUGAUAUGUCUCUAGAAGACCCAGAUAGGCCUCUUCACUGUUCAAGAAAUACACUUAAUGGAGAUUUGGCAUCAGCAACCAUUCCUGAAGAAAGCAGACUAAUGGCCAAAAAAAAAUCUGAAUUGGAAGAUCCUCUUUCAUCCUCCUCUUCUUGAGGAAACCGAAGUGUCCAACUUCCUCUAAGUAUUGCUAUGCAAAAGCUGCUGUAAUUAAACUGUGUUGUAGGGAGUAGUUCUUCCCUUAGGAUUUCUCUGCACUUUAUAGUAUAUUGUAAAACAGACAAAAACCACAUACCUUUGAAGUGUAUUUUAUCUUUAUAUAGUUUAUUUGCAAGAGUAUUUUCCUAAUAACUUCACAGUAUGAAUGUGCAUCUUUUUUUCUUUUUAAACAAAUGAUGGUGUAACAUUUUGACAUCCAUAGGGACAAAUGUAGAUAUUUUUCUAAAAAACUGUGAGGGACUGACAACUUAGUCAGUAUAUUGUAGCUUAUAAACAUGAGAUCUUAUAAAUGUAAGGUUUCAGUUUGACAGAAGUGUGAUAUAUGUAACUUGUGCCAUGGACCAAAUGGUCACUUUCCCCCAGCUGGAAAUGAGUUACGAUAGCAUCUUGAUGGUGACUGUACUGUAUUCCUUUAAGCAAAAAGGAAACAUUUACUAUUCUAAAUAUUUUUAGCCUGAAUCCCGUGACACUGAGGAUUUUUUACAAACCAGAUCAUGCUGUCCUUCGUAUGUGAAGUUGACACUACUGAUUUGUCAAAACCAAAUGUUGGGUUAAAGUAUUUCUUUUUUAUUUAUUUAUUUUCUUCUUGCAUCAAACAACGACCUACCAAAUUUAAGUUGUGUAUACAUUGGUAUUUACACUGUUCUAGAAAAGAGGUUAAUGUUGUAGUGACCUUGCUCACCAGAGAAAUAAAUGACUUUCAGUGGAAGAAGAUUUUAGCGCUUUUUUCUCCUAAAAUAGACAUUAAGCUGCAGUUUUAAGGUAUUAAUGUUUGCAGCUCUUUAGAAUAUCGAGAGACAUUUUUUUUAUUUAUAAAUAUUUAUACAAAAAAGGAAUUCUCUCAAGGAAACUGUUCUAUAUCACUUAUUCGAGAAUGGCAUUAUUUAAUUAAAGAACAAAUAGCUUUUUUUUUUGGUAUUUUCUGUUCAUAUCUAUUGUCAGUGUUUGCCUUGUAAACUGUUUUUUUAAUUCACUUUGGAGUGAUGGUUUUGUUCGAGGUCUUGAAUGAGGAGCACUUUAAAACAAACUGGUUUGGUGUUUUUAAGUUAAUAAUGUGUUUAAUAAAUAUGUGGUUUUUGCAUUCAAACUCAUCAUAUAAUACAUCGUAUUUUUUUACACUUGUUGAUAUUCUGUCUAAUUUUUAUCAGGUUUUAAUAGUAUUCAUUAUUGCUUUGAUUUUGUUUGUAUAUUCAGACCUCAUAGUGAAAACACUAAUGAGGCAUAUUUUUCAUUUUGUUGCCUAUAAGCUUAAAACAGGGUGGCUUAUUUCACUCAAAAAUUUUCUUAUAUGCUUAUGUGAGAAUUUUUUUAAAGUCAAUACUUGGUAUGUACUAAAGUAAAUCUGUAAUUAUAGGCUUUCUCCUUUAAGUUUAAAAUGGACUCAUGCAAUCUAUAAUUAUUAAUAUGCAUUAAGAUAAACUGGAUGCUACUUAAAAGUAUUUGUGAUUUUAAAUAGCACAGAGGUCAUUCGAUUGUAUCCAGUGGAAUCUUUUUCUGUUCGGAGGUUUUGCUUCAUAUGUCCUAUUUGAGAAAAAAAGUUUGAUAAUGUAGUAAGUUUUCAUAUUGAGCAAAUAGAUUUUUUAAUUUCUUUUUUGUUUUUGAUUUUCAAUUUUUUUGUAGUAAGAACCUGUAUUGUGAUAAGACCAUGAAGUUCAAGGUGCUACUUGAUAGGGAGUUUUUCUGGUAGUUCUUUUAUGAACUGAUAGGUUUAUAAUGAAAAUACUAUAACAAGGUUUUGAACUCCUAGAAAAUAAAUCCAUUUUCUAUUGCUUUAUCCAAAAAGCUGAGUUCCUGAACAGUUUUCUGUAAAUUUUUAAAAAAAUAAAAUGCAGUCAUUUCUGGUACAUAUUUUUUCCUUCUUGAAACAGGUGCUUUGAACAAGUUUGUUACAUUCCUACGAAAGGCUUUUAUUGUGACUUGGAGCCACUUUUUUCUCUUAGGAGCCAGUAUAUUUGUGAAAUGUUUUUUUGAGGGGAUUUAAAUGUAUCUAGGUUUUCAUCAGUGAACGGGAGGCAUGAAGCAACCUAUAAUGCUCAGGGAACCUGCAUUUUGAGGAGCCCGGUGCAUUUUUUCCUUUUUUUUCUUACCUGAGGAUACUUUUCAUUGAUUUUACAGAGAGAAAAGGGGGGGGAGGGGAGAGAGGGAGAGAGAGUGAGAGAGAAACAUCGAUGUGAGAGGCAAAGGUCAAUCAGUUGCCUCCUGGAAGUGCCCUGACCUGGAAUCGAACCUGCAACCUUUUGGUGCAUGGGACAAUGUUCCACCUAUCUGAGCCACCCGGCCAGGACCCCUGGUUUAUUUUCAGGUGUGCUUGACUUUUCUGAAGUUUAAGAAAAAGAUGAAGCAAAUAAGAACAAUUCUGUAAGGAUUUUGGCUUGUCAGGAUUUAAAAAAAAAUAGUAUGUAACUAUUGGUUGUCCUUGUUUUGCUCUGUCUAGGCCAUGGGAUUGCUGAGAAAUGUGGAGACCCUGUGUAUCAGCAAUCUAAGCAACACCAGUACUUGCUUUUCUUUUCAAGUACCUGGUUUCUGUUGUGUGAGAAUUGCAGACCUCCAUGAUUAAAGCAACCUUCGUGAGAAUUGCUUUAUAAAUGGACCAAAUUUGAACUGUGUCAUAUUACAUUGAAUUAUUGUGUUAUGUUCAAUCAGGACAAGUCGAGAAAUGGAUGCAUUUCUUAAACUUAAAGUCUAAGCCAAGAAAUAAAGUACUCCAUUUCCACAGUUAUCAUGGAAGCUUUGCCCCUGGAUUGUAGUUUUUCACUGUGCAUAAUUACAUUUCGUGUUUAGCAGACAUCACAAAGAUCUCAGGAAAUACAUCCCUGUAAUACGUUACUCUUAUACUACUGUUUAUACUGACUGCAUGCACAUUAUAAUAUUACUUUGGAGUCUACCAGUUUUUUACUUCUUUUUAUCAAAUGAAGUGCCUCUGGGUCUGUCCUUUGAGCCUUGCUAUUGCCACUUGGUGCAGAGGGAGAGUCCUGGCCUGGAAGAAAGCCUGGUUAGGCUGGGGAGUCCCUUUCAGGAGGUCACCCUUUCAGUAGCCCUGGUGGGUAAGUUAACUGUAGCUGGUAGACAGGGCUCCUUUUCAUGCCUUUCCAGUUCCUUUCUUUAAAUUCAUACUGAAUUUGUAAGUUAAAAAAUCUUUUUUUCUUUUAAAUUUAGCUUUCUUUUUUUCUAAAGGAAUUCAUGCAUAUCACUAAAAAACCAAAUAGAACUAGAAGGGUUAUAAUGAAAAGGACUAGCUUCCUUUCUCCCAGCUCAGCGCCCCAGAGACGAGCACCUUGAACUCUUAGUGGUGUGUUCUCUCUUUGCCUUCCAAUUUGGAAAUAGUAAUAUUACUUUUUCUUGAUUUAUCAAUUUCAGAAAUGGUUCUUGAAUUCCAUUUAUGGCAGGCAGGCUUUACUUUUCUUAUAACCCUGUCUCCCCCAUCUCUUUCAAUAUAGAUUCAUCACAACUUGUUAAAUCAGUAGAUAAUAAAUUGUGUUCCCUGAUGAACCCAGUGAUGAACUAUCAUUAUUUCCUUUCUACUGGAAUCUUAUUUUCCCCACAACUAAUAUUUGCCUGAAUUUGGAAGUUGCUAACUUUUUUUUAUGUACCUAUCUCAAUGAUUACCCAAAGGAAACAUAAGAUAACCUGUCGGCUUUUUUUAUUUUGUUUUGUUUUUUGGGGACAUUUUUUCCACAGUCUUUCCUCUUCCACUAUCUGAACCAUUACUCUCCAGGCCUGUGCACAGGCCGAUGGCCACCCUGGGAAGUCCCUUUCUGUUUUAGUCUCUGGGCUAAAGUCUCUGUUUUAGUCUUUGGAUCCUAUGACUUCCUCUUUCUCGCUGUAUUGCCCUUUCUUUUGUUUUUGUCAAAGUGUACCCACUACCAAAAACUUUCUAGGGAAAAGUGCAUGAGAAGUAAAAAUUUUGAGACUUUACAGUUGUGAAAAUGUCUGUGCUCUUGAUUUGAUUGGUAGUCUGGAAUCUAUGUUGGAAGUGUUUUUCCCUAAGAAUUUUAAAGGCAGCCAUCCAUUGUCUUGUGGCAUUUGUUAUUCCUGUGAAAGGUCUCAUGCUCUUUUCUUACAUGGGACCUGGUUUUAUACUCUGGAAGCAUUUAGGGGCUUCUCUUUACUCCUAACAUUUCAUGGUGAUGUGUGGGUCUUCAUUCAUUCAUUCACUCAUUCAUGUUGAUGGGUAUUUGACUUGGUGGAGUCUGUUAAUAGGGAGACUUCUUCAAUUCUGGGAAAUUUUUUGUUUUAUCUUUUUGAUAAUUUUCUGUCCUUCAUUUUCUGCAUCUGUUGUUCUAGAAUUCCUGUUAUUUGAAUGUAGGAACUUCCAGAUUGGUCAUAUAAUUAAAAAAAUUUUUCCAGUUGCUCCUGAAGUUGUGUGUGUGUAUAUAUACAUAUAUAUAUAUUUAUGUAUGUGUGUGUAUAAAAUAUAUGUAUUUUUUAUUAUCCUCUGGCUCUUUUGUUAAUAUUUUUAAAGCUAUGUUUCGAUUCCUAAUUAUCUUUUAUCUUUUCUAAUUAUCAUGAUAGGACAUUAUGAAAAAGAACAACAGAUUCAAUGUCUUUUCAUUAUCCCCAGGGAUACUUAGGGUUUCUUUUCCCCUCACGUCUUUCCUGUUCGUUGCAUUUUCUGUUUCUUUCAUGUCCCUAUUUUCUGUUUAUUUGUUCCCUAUUUUCUGUUUAUUUGUUGUGGAUGACACCUCACAUUCUGAAAGCUUCAGUAGAAAACUAGAGAGGCCGUCCAUUCUAUUUAGGGUCAGGUCCUAAGAGGUCAGUUUCAUAGGCCUGAAGGGCCAUCAGGCAGAUUUGGCCUUGUUGUUGGAGUCCCCUUAAAUUUCCAGUAGGGGUCUUUUCUUCUCUUUUCCUUUUUUAUACCACUGUAGUAACUGAUUCAUUUAUUUAUUUAUUUUUAUUUAAAAAUUUAAAAAAAUUAUUUAUCUUUGGUGGGGAAGGGAAGGAGAGGGAGAGAAAUAUCAAUGUAUGGUUGCCUCUUGUGCAUCUCCUGCUGGGAACUGGCCUGCAACCCAGGCAUGUGCCCUGACUGGGAAUUGAACUGUGAUCCUCUAGUUUGCAGGCCCGCGCUCAAUCCAUUGAGUUAUACCAGCCAGGGCUGAUUUAUUUAUUUCUUAACAUAGCUUUUUAUUUUUUCCUCUUUUUAAAAAAAUUGUUUAAGUAUAGGGGAGUGUGUAGAAAAUAAACUUCUUUACUAUUCUAUACUUCAUUCUUUCCACUCUCUGAUGCUUUUUGAUUAAUGUGGUUUUACUGUACUGCCUACCUCGUAGGGUUGAUGUGAGGGCUAGAAGAAUAAACACACAUAAAGCACUUAGAACAGUACCUGGCACAUGGUGGUAUAAAGGAAGUGUUAGCUAUUAUUAAAUUACCAUUAUUAUUAUUACUACCUUUAAUUCAGUAACCCACUUAGACUUAAAUGAAGAGGUUUUCAGCAUAAGAAGACUUGUUGACACAUGAGAAAAUCCAGUGUUGGUAAUGUGGACACUGCAUUCUUAACCAGGGUUCACACGAGAUGUUCAGGUGUUACAUUUUAUCUGGGACACAUUAAAGCCUUAAAAAAGUCCAAUCAGUAAUAGUUAGUCUAAACGUUUUUAAAAGUGUACAGUAACAAUUUUGAUGUGCUUUUAAGCUUCACUGGCAUGUUUUUGUUUUUAUCACCUGAAUAUGAAGUAUAGAGUGUAACUGAGGCGAUAUUUGCCUUGCCU